CUAUGACAAUGUCCUCAAUCGCGGUAGAAAAAGCAUCGUUAACAAAUGGCAUUUCAACACCAAAUAAAUCGAAACGAAAAGGUAAUAGAACACCUGCCAAUGAAGAUGUACAAGAAAAUGUAACGAUAAUACAAUUGGGAUCGCGGAAUAAAACCAAAAAGGGCAAAAACAAGGAAUUGAACAAUUCUAGUGGUGUGAGGGUCAAGUCCCCGGCUGUUAGUGAUACCGAAAAUACCAAUUCAGAUACAACACCCGAAGAGGUUCUCAAGGACGAACGGAUAGAAAGUUCAUCAGAUGGUUCACAUGAAUUUGAUAAAAAUGAUGAGAAUAAAGUAAAUUUUGCUUUAAAAUUAACUCCUGAGGAAGCUGAUACAUCUAAAACACGACCAGAUCAUCAUGAUAAAGCAAUGUUUGAAAAUGCCAAAAUUAAAGCCGAAGAG